CAGCCUUGCCAGACAAUCGCAUAGCCACCCGCUCCUCCGCCUGCAGACAAAAAAAAACAGAAGUGAACAAUUCUCCAUUUAUUUAUCUUAUCGCCGCAUCUGCAUUCUUCGACCAAGAUCAUUACUGGAGGCAAUACACGAGAUAACACUGCAUUAGGACUAUAUUUUGCAAUACAACAACAAGAACAACAAUGCUGAAAAUUGCAGCGGAGGGAAUUGCGCCACGCCUGGCGGCCUGUUGUCUUAUCAACAGCAGUGCACAGAGCAGCUGCCAACGGAUAGCGCCACAGGCAGCCAAAGCCACACAAAAGUACCUCUCACAGUCCCAAAUGCACUACAAAAAGCUGGUGAUCAAGGAUCAUUACGAUUUUGAUCAGAAGGUCAUCAACAGCGACAAUCCGGUGAUUGUGAACUUCCAUGCGGAAUGGUGCGAUCCGUGCAAAAUACUGACACCCAAAAUGUUGGAGCUUUUGGAGAACUCGAAUGAAAUCGAUUUGGCCAUUAUCGAUGUGGAGGCCAAUUUGGAUUUGGUCGAAACGUUUGAAGUGAAGGCCGUGCCAGCGGUUCUAGCCUUCCGCAACGGCGUCGUUGUGGACAAGUUCAUCGGCCUGGUGGACGCCAACAGCAUAGAGACGCUAAUCGACAAACUGAAGCGCAAGCAGCAGCAGAAGAAUCAAUAGAACUCACAGUGCAGCAGCAGCAGCAGCAACUUUUUUAAGAUAUUAAUGUAUUUGCGGCCUUAUGAAUUUAAUUGGUGCACGGCACGACGGGGUUUACGGCAGGGCACACACACCACACUUUAGUAAUUAUGAUUAUGAUAAUGAUAAUGAUGCGAUUGAUUGAUGAAUUGAUACUGAUUAAAUGUAUAAUGAGAACUUAGCCAUUAAGCAAUGCUCAAUAAAUCUUGUACAGUCAAAAGCAGCCAACGUUUGUGUCAGCUUU